AUGGAUUUCUUCAACCCGUCGUCGAAUAAUGCUGGAAAUUUUGGGUACAAUCCUCCUAUUGUUCACCAAGGGGGUGGAAGUAGAAGCCAGAAUGGGUCCGGAAACUCAAAUUCGUGGCAGCAAUCAUCUUCCUUGAUCUCUUAUACGUUAGCCUCUCAUAAUGGGGCGAAUUCCCCAACUCAAAUGUUCGAUGGGGCGAAUGCGCAAUCUCCUCAGAGCGGCUUCUUCCUGCAGCUGUCCGACAGCGAUCUUGGCUCCUCGUGGACUGGAGUUACUCAUGCGAAUGGCGACUUGGAGGAUAUUCCUACGCUGGAUAUCCCGUAUGAAAGCUAUGAUGACAGCCUGGGUCUGUCUUCGCCAACUACGGCAGGAACUUCGAGCUCGGAGGGGUUUGUCUUCCCGGUGAUAGACUCUACCCUUGGAACGUCGCCUAGUGCGAAUCAAUUGUUCGAUUUGGAUCUCUCAGAUGAGUAUUUCCAGAUUGGACAGCCGUUGAAUCCCAAUCUUGUUGUACCGGAAUCGAAUUCCCCGCUGUACGACGAGAACUUUUUCUUCGACAACAAUGGGCUCCAGGUUUCCAUGGAUAUGACUAUGUAUACGCCGGCAGAUGCGCAGUGGUCUGCCUCCACGGUGACACAGCCCAAGCAACACAGUGCUUCACCAAUCGAAUCCUCCGUAUUGUCCAACAUGCCAUGGAACCCCCAACAGGUGGAACGGAGCAAAUAUCAAGCGGAUGUAAAUACAGGCAAUGGUACUUUUGGGCCACCGCGCGCAACUCCAUACGAUACAUAUAGGUCCCGAGAAGAAUAUCUAGAGACUGGUCCGUCAUCGCAAGGAUCCGUUGGUCUGGAGCCAGUCAGCCCGCUUGGGGAUAGUGACAGUGAAAGCUGGGUGAUUACUUCCACUCGAAGCAAUUAUACUCCAUCGCAUAGUUCCCCGCGCUCGCAUGGGUCGCCUCAAUCACACACCUCGUCGCCGCGACACCACUCACAUGUUUUUAGCUCCAUGCCUGGUAUUAGCAAGUCCAAGGUUACGAAAGGUGGUCGCACGCGCGGCCUCACUACACUUGAGAAGAAACAAGCAAGAGAGGUUCGGGAUGCCAAGGCAUGUUGGGCUUGCCAUAUAUCGAAGACCAAGUGCUCCCCAUGCUCUCCUGGUAGUCCUUGUGUACAGUGUGCUAGACUUGUCGGAAAGAGGAGAUUCUGCAAAUUCACUUGUUUUAAUGAACCACUUGAGUCGUUAUAUAUCUUCCUUGUCCCUGUGUACCUUAACGGCCACUUGAAUCGAACUGACAUCGAGGCUUUCGUAGAUAGAAAUGCAGAGAGCUGGGGAACUAGAAGCAUGUUCGUGAGGAUGGACUGGGGAUAUCGCAAACUGCUGACUGCCGAGGUCGUUGCUCUUGAGUUGCGUCAAAACGCGCCAGACAUGGGGUUCCAUCAUACCACGGAGGAAUCCACGAGUCCCGACGGGAAGGCGAAAUUAGUCCGGAGGCAAAGUCCACCUCUUGGGAUCCCACUUACUGCCAUGGAUGACAUGCAACACGAGUACUCUCGAUACGUUCAGGAUAUCGUUCAAAGUGAUCUUAAAUAUUACGUUCCGGAGGCCUACUUUCCUGAUGACUCCAAGCUCUUAACGCGCCUCUUAGGUGUCGUAUGCGAUUUCUAUUCCGUGGGUUUGGAAGCUGAUGACGAAUGUGAACUUCUCCGUAGCGCCCUUGAAAUGCAUAUAACCACUUCGAUAAUGGAACGAACUCUCAACCUGGAUCCUGAUUCCAUUGGCAGAGUUCAAAAUCAGCUGCAACAGCAAUAUCCCGAAAAGACUACCGCAAAGUGUGUACAGAAGCAAAUCAAAUACGCAUUUUAUCUAGGCCAACAGAUACGCAUCAACAAAGUGCUGAAGGACUGGGGAAAUAUGAUGUGGACGAUCCACAACACGGUUAACAAUGACAAGAAAUGGGCUACCAGUUUUUGUGUAUUCCUAAUCCUCACUUUGACGAUAGGUAAGAUCAACGGCCAGAUGUACUAUUUCUGCGAAGGUAGAAUCGAACACUUUGGGGCCAAUCCAAAGUCGGAAAGGGCAAAAUGCAACCAGCUUAUGCAUUUGACGGAGAAGGAGCUGUUCGACCGGUGUAAGGAGAUUUUCCAUUGGAAAUUCAAGACUAGAAAGGGAGGCAAAGAAGCGUGCAAUCCAAUUCGAGAUGGUGUAGAUUCAUUUCGAACUAAGCCCGUCGAUAGCGCGAUCAGAAACUUGACUUAUGGGUUGCAAAGCGUGGUUCGGGAAUAUGCACCUCAGAUAAGAUCGCAUUGCUCAGUAAAGCCCGAAUACCAGGCGGGUCUACUAUCACCUUAUAUGGACCUUGGACGCUUAGCUUGCAUCUUCUUGGACGACUUCUUGGAUCACUGA